UUGUUCACAUGCGGGGCUUUUGUUUCUGGAACUGGAGGAACAAGUCCAACCACGCCGGCCCGUGAGAGAGAGCUCGUAGCGCACAAAGAGAUGCGCAGAAGGGCAGAGAAAUUGUAGGGUGAACAGGAACGCUCUAUUAGAUGAGUCAAAAUUAGCAAAACAGGACUCAGCUGCGUGGUUUCUCCCAGUUUCUUAUGUGAAACACUGGUAAAUCUACUGAAACCAUCCUCACGAGCAGCUUAAGAUCAGCUUAGUCUUCUAUUUAGAUCGGUGUAAAGUCAUCCUGCAUGUCAGCGGUUUAGACCGUUUCCUCCUCAUCCACGCACCAUCAAAGACUGGGAAACUGGAAGUCAUGUGGCGUGACCUUCAGUAGCGUGAGAGAGGAAUAGCGCCAGCAUGGGAUCAGGAGCACAGAGGUGAAGUUUCAGGUGGACAAACACACACACAGAGCACCUCGCCGCCCCGCAGAGCCCUGUAAUCAAUGGCAACCUCAGUCCAGACUCUUCCUCUAACCCGUGGCCCCAACAAAAACUUCCGCAGCCCCUUCCCGGCCCCACCCCUGUCGCCGCGUUGCGCCAUGGGAAGCGUAGGCAGUCUGGUGGAGAGGCCAGACGUGUCCCCGACCAAAGGCAGCCGCGCAGUUCCCCAGGUGAGACCCAAACAGAGCAACGGCCUCCUGAAGAAAGGCUUCACCCAGAGAGAGCUGCUCAACUACCUCAACAUCAGCAGAAAAGAGCCUAAAGCAAGUCCGAGCAGCGACGGCAAGAAGGACAUUAUCACUGGCCUGAGCUCUGUCAGUGGCCGUGACGACGACAACGUUUAUGCCAAAGUCUACCAUAAAGACGGCAAUGAAGUAGAUUUGACAAAGAACUCACUGCCAAGUGGGGGCAAGUAUGAAAAGGCUCGUUUCAGGUCUUCAGCCUUCAAGCCUGUCACCCCCAAAAACUUCAGCUCCAUGCAAAACCUCUAUCCGUCUUCCAAGUCAGAGGAUAUGGAUCAUGGCCUUUCUAACGGACUCCACAGAGCCUAUGCUCAUGUCCCUAAAGCCGUCUCCACCUCGUCUUCUUCUUCCUCGCCCUCCCGACACGGAGGACCAACGUCAAACGGUAACAAGGCUCUCUCCUCGGUGCGUGGGAUCAGCCAGGAGGAUGAUAACCUGUCAGACUCGGGUCAUAACUCCAUGAGCAGCCUGCCGCCGUACCGGCCUCCCUUCCGCCCACACCUGGCUCACAUCAGUGCGUCUAUGGGCCACAUCAACACAAUCGGCUCCCUGGACCGCACCGCUCUGGGCCUGAAGGCCGUGGGGUCAGGAGGUGUCGCUAUAGGGGAGAUAGCGUGUCGAAGCAUGGCCACUCUGACCCGCCUGACUCCAUAUGGAGGAGAAGCUCCACCUCCUUAUGAAUGGACGCUGUCCCUGUCUGUGGAGGAAGUGGUGCGGGAUCUGGAGGAGCGCUUGGUGGAGAAGGAACACGAACUCAAACAGAUGAAAAGAAACCUGGAUGAGAGUGAAGGCGCCAUCGCUCAGGUGUUCGAAGGGAAACAGCGUCUGUGGGAGAAGGAGGUGGAGGAGCUGAAGCGCCUGUAUGCCGCUAAGCUGCGGCAAGUUUCCCAGCAUGCCCAGCGGUCCCAGCGCAACUUGCAGUUGCAGCUGUUUAAGGUGCAGCAGGAGAAGAGCCGACUGCAGGAGGAGCUCGACAGCUUGAAAAGAGAAAUGAGCCAAGAGGCUGGAGCCAUGCCAAAGCGAACCAGUCCGACCCUUGAGGAGACGCAGUGGGAGGUCUGCCAGAAGUCAGGGGAGAUCUCCUUGUUGAAGCAGCAGCUGAGGGACUCCCAGGCAGAGGUGACCCAGAAGCUGAGCGAGAUCUUCCAGCUGAAGACACAGCUCAGGGAAACCCGAACGGAGCUGCGCAGCAGAGAGGGCCAGAUAGACGCUCUGAAGCUCGUCCUGCAGGGGACCCAGCGCCGCAGGGGUUCCCCUCAUACUGUACACGAAGAUGGAAAAGGAGCUGAAGAGAAUCCAUCAGGAGGGACAACAGGAGGCUGCGGGGGCUCCACGGAGGAGCGUCUGCGUGCAGAGCUGCUCCUGGAGCGACGCCAGAGCGAGGCCCAGGCCAUGGCUUUCGAGGAAGAGAGGCACACAUGGCAGACGGAAAAGGACAAGGUCAUCCGCUACCAGAAAGAGCUGCAGGCCAGCUACUUAGACAUGUACCACCGCAAUGAAGCGCUCGAGAGGGAACUGCACCAGCUGAGUGCGGGCAGAGAGCGAGGAGGAGCAGCAGCAGGAGGUGGUGGAGGAGGAGGAGGAGGAGGGAGCAGAAGUGGGACAUUGGAAAGAGAAGUGCCAGAGCUGAGGAGUGAGAGAGCAGCUGAAGACCAAGAAGACACACAUUCGUCUGGCUUGCCGUGGAUAGACAGGAUUGAAUCCUCUGAAAUUUGAAUGUGACUCGUUUGCAAUGCAAACUUGUUUUUCUCCUGAACUGUGGCCUCUAUGGAAGACCAGGUCUGCCAGGAAAAGGAAAAAAGUAAACACACUACACUUUAAAAUGAUAAGACAGUAAGUCAAAAUAAUGAGAAAAGAUUUACAGCUAAUGUACCAGGAAGUGAAAAGAUUUACUCACUAAGUCUAAAUCAUGGAGAAACAACAUACAAGUUAGUUACAAAGUCAAAGUUCAGAAUUUUUCACAUUCUUUACUCACUAUGACAAAAGUAUGAGAUGAAAAUAUUGAUUGAAAAAUAUGAGACAGUUGGUCCAAAUCAUGAUAUAAUUUGUGAAACAUUGUGAACACCAAAAACCAGCUGCUUUGAAAGGCAUCUUAUAUUUCAGAAAAUCACUAAAGACAUCAGAUUUUUAACCUCAAGGUGGUCCUUGAACUAAUCAUGUUCACUAAUCGUGCAUUAAUUCAGUUUUGUCAGGAAAAUUAACUAAAUGCAAGUUGAAAACUAAAAUCAAUUUAUUAAAAAUCAUUUUGUUCUAUGUCUUAUUUUAAAAAAGAUGGUUUAAAAUGAAUAGUUUGCAUUAACCAGAUUGUGCAACAAAUUAAAUAGAACAGGAGUGAAAAUAUAACAGGAGCAAGAAAAAAAAAAGUGUAACCAAUAUAAAGUUUGACCUACUACAUAAAAACGAUCAGAUAAAACUUAAAUGGUAAAAUUCUGGCUUACUGUUUCCAACAUAUUACCAAGUGUCUCAUACUUUUGAUUCAGUAUCUCAAAAUUCGACUCAAAUUUUAUUCCAUGCAUACAUUUUCAUGUAUUUUCUUCUUUUCCUGGUACAAACAGACUCCCAUAGAUUCCCAUUCAUCCUUCACUUCCUGCUCCUGCCUCCUCGGUGAUUGUUUAUUGCCCUCCCCCUGCAAAGACUGGACCCGCCACCUCCUACAGAACCCACUAACGCUGCACAGAAACACCGCGUCUGUGCCACAUCUGUCCUUGUCAGUUUCAAUUCUGUACAAAAAGAAACGCAGCCGAGCGCCUACAGUAGACUGCCCUGCUUAAGACCAAUUAUAAAACCUGUAAAUGAGCAAAAUUGAUAUGCUGAUUGUGACUAUUUUUUGUGUUUAUUUGAUAGUUGCUUAGUUCUGGACUGCUGUAGAGUCUUGACAGUAACUAAAGGGUUUAAUGGGUUUAGUGCGGUCUGGUAACACCUCAGCAGGUGUUCGGUGUCUGCAGACAGAUCGCUGGGUUCAAGCUUCACCUGGACCCUGGCAGGGAAAAUCUGUGUCUCUGGGUUAAGUAUGGAGGAUUAACGCUCUCCGGUGCCAAGGUAACUGAUGCUACUUCUUUGCCAUUUAGAAAACUGUGUAUCCAAAACUGGAAAUGUUGUUUUUUUUCCUCAUUCCAGUCAGGUGAGAUCUAUAUAUAUAUAUAAAUAUAUUUUGUACAUACGUGUAAUUUUUAUUUGACUGGCCUUUUCGUCAUUGUAUUCCAAGCACACUGUUGUCUUACAUGUGUAUACUCCCACGUCUUCUGGUCGUGAUCAAUAGACGAUUACUGCUUAUUGGUGCCACUUGUUGCACAGACCCCAGCCAAUAACUUCAAAUGCAUGCCACAGGUGAAAAGUUGUACUGUUUAUUAUUAAUAUAUGAACAUUCAAAAGCCAGCUCUUGAUUGACCUUUCGACAUACUGUGACUCUUGUCUAUUUACUGGAAUUAAAACUGUACAAUAUG